ACUCUCUAUCUCUCUCUGUGACCUAUCCCCGCGUUGCCUCUCUGUCCUCUCCCUUCCCGUCCGUUUCUCAAGUCUGGACUCCCCCGCCCCAAAGCAAAGCAAUACCAAAACCUCCCUGUAUUUACUUACAAGUACUGAAGGCAUCUCCUAGCUGGAGAUUUAAGAGCGAUAGCAAGACAAACGAAGUUAUAGGGUGACAUUAUUUGAAAGGCACAUGCUCCUCCUCCUGGUUACUUUGUUCAUCUGGAGGAUACUUGUUCUGAACACUAUAUGAAUAAGAAAUCCAGGAUGCGUCGGUGGCUCUGUUGUACUUAUCAAGAAGAAGAGUCAUACCCCUCAAAUGAAAAUGAGCGCCUGAAAAGCCCAGGGAAUCAUACAGAUGGUGGGCCCCAAAGAGGUGCUAAGGUGUCACCUCCUGUUAAAUCUGAAGUACAAAAGCCACCACCGCCUAUUGAAGUGCCUGCUUUGUCUCUGGAUGAACUGAAAGAAAAUACUGAUAAUUUUGGAUCGAAGGCUUUGAUUGGUGAAGGAUCCUAUGGAAGAGUUUAUUAUGCGAACUUAAGUAAUGGGAAAGCUGUUGCGGUGAAAAAGCUUGAUGUUUCAUCUGAACCUGAGUCAAAUACUGAGUUUCUAUCACAGGUUUCUAGGGUCUCGAGAUUGAAGCAUGAAAAUCUUGUUGAGCUGCUUGGUUACUAUGUAGAGGGAAACCUCCGUGUGCUUGCGUAUGAGUUUGCAACCAUGGGAUCUUUACAUGACAUAUUGCAUGGUAGGAAGGGAGUUCAAGGGGCACAACCAGGUCCAACACUUGACUGGAUGCAGCGUGUUAGAAUUGCAGUUGAUGCAGCUAGGGGAUUGGAAUAUUUACAUGAGAAGCUUCAACCCUUCAUAAUACACAGAGAUAUAAGAUCUAGCAAUGUGCUUCUCUUUGAAGACUUCAAAGCCAAGAUCGCAGAUUUUAACCUCUCGAAUCAGGCUCCAGACAUGGCUGCUCGUCUCCAUUCUACACGAGUUUUGGGAACCUUUGGUUACCAUGCUCCAGAGUAUGCAAUGACAGGACAGUUGACCCAGAAGAGUGAUGUCUACAGCUUUGGGGUUGUUCUUCUAGAGCUUCUGACUGGGAGGAAACCUGUUGAUCAUACUAUGCCACGGGGACAACAGAGUCUUGUGACUUGGGCUACUCCAAGGUUGAGUGAAGACAAAGUUAAACAGUGUGUAGAUCCAAAACUGAAGGGAGAAUAUCCUCCUAAAGGAAUUGCCAAGCUGGCAGCUGUGGCAGCAUUGUGUGUGCAGUAUGAAGCUGAGUUCCGGCCGAAUAUGAGCAUUGUCGUUAAAGCUCUGCAGCCACUUCUAAGGUCUCCUGCCCCAGCUCGUGAUACUUGAACUUGGUUUCCUUGUGUUGGAAUUUCUCCCUAUGCACAGUUUGGUUUUAUUUGUCUGUGGAUUUCAUCAAUUUCUAUAUAUAUACAUAUAUAUUCAAAGAAAUUUUCGUAUAUAAGAUGAAAUGUGUAGGACUGAAUUGGCCCUUUGAUUGCCAUUGCUAAAUUCUGUCUGUUGGGUGCUGACGUCUGGAGUAUUUGCCUAUGGAUUGUGUGAUGGAUAUGCUGAUUGCUGGUACUCCCUUGUAUUUAUUGUCUCCUCCUGUUUUGUACUCUGGUUGGUUGGGCCAUAUACAUGUAUUUUUCUUAGUUUUCAAUUUCUGAAAUAUAGUUUUCAAUACUGUAAUAAUAAUACUCACCCCUUUACCCCUUCUCAA